AUGCUGUUUGCCAGUGCCACCAAGAUGAUGCCCGCCGUGCGGACGCGCGCAGCCAUUGCAACCCGCGGCUUUGCCUUUUCUACAACCAAGAGACUGGGUCUAAAAGAGUCAUCAAAUCAAACCAGCGUUGAUUACGACCUGCACAAGAAAGACUCCCUCGCCAAGCAGAAAAAGGGCUCGGGCCAUUGGAAGCCGGAGCUUGCGUCCGACAGCGAAGAGGCCGUCAGGGCGGACCGGGCGUCAAAGGACCAUUCGGCGGAGAAGCUGGAUGCGUUGCAGGAGAGGACCAAGAGGGCUGCUGAGGAGACGAGCAAGGCGGGCACGAGCAUGAGAGAUUCGAUUGCUCCCAUCUCCGACCGGCUUCCAGCGGUUAUCGAUACAAAACCCGCCAACAUUCCCACCCAACCUACCUAUAUCGGCAUCUCCCCCCAAAAAGAAACCUUGAAGCUUCGAUUAGACCUCUCACCAAACUCUCCCAAACCCACCAUCAAAAAGGUUGGGCUUUCACAGCCCUUCCUCUCUCUCCCUCAAUUCCUUAAACCAGCUCCCAAACCAGCAAGAUCAACCCCUCCGCAAAUGGCUCCCCAACCGCCAUCCUUCCAAUCCGCCCUCCUCGCCGGCGCCCUCGCAGGAACAACCGUCGACCUCUCCCUCUUCCCCCUCGACACCCUCAAGACCCGCCUCCAGUCCUCCGCCGGCUUCUUCCCCUCGGGCGGCUUCUCCGGCAUCUACCGCGGCAUCGGCUCCGCCCUCGUCGGCUCCGCCCCCGGCGCGGCCUUCUUCUUCUGCACCUACGAGACGGCAAAGGCCUUUUUCGGCCAGCGCAUACGCGGCAGUAACAGCAGCGGUGGGGACGGAAAUGGUCAUGGUUCGCAGACUUGGGUGCCCGCAGACGUCCUCACGCACAUGCUCGCCUCCAGCCUGGGCGAAAUCGCCGCCUGCUCCGUCCGCGUGCCCACAGAGGUCGUCAAGCAGCGCGCCCAGGCCGGCCACCACGGCGGCUCCUCCGCCCAGGCGCUGGCCCACAUCCUGAGCCGGUACUCUGCCCCCGGAGGCAGCCUGUCCGCGGUCUGGCGCGAGCUGUACCGCGGCUGGGGCAUCACCGUCUUCCGCGAGGUGCCCUUCACCGUGAUCCAGUUCCCGCUGUGGGAAGGCAUGAAGGCCUGGGGCCGGAAGCGCCGCGGCGACGGCAAGGACGUGUCGGCGGGCGAGAGCGCGCUGUACGGGAGCCUGGCGGGAGGCGUGGCCGCCGCGUCGACGACGCCGCUCGACGUGCUCAAGACGAGGGUCAUGCUGUCCAAGGAGCGCGUGUCCGUGGGCGAUGUGUUCCGGCGCAUGGUGCGGGACGAGGGCGUGCGGCCCUUCUUUGCUGGCAUCGCGCCGCGGGUGACGUGGAUAUCCAUUGGCGGUGCGAUAUUCCUGGGGAGCUACCAGUGGGUCAUCAACACCAUGAACAGCAUAAGCUCAUAA